UUAGUCAUCUUUCGUCGUUCGUUCGUGGCUGGUUGAUGGAAUGUUUUUUCCGUGCUCAAGUUUACUUUCUCGCGGUUUUUGGUAGAAUACCUUUUUGUAUCAUCAUAGGCUGCUUUCUAAAAUACAUAGAUUGAUCGUUGCCCGAUAGUGACUAAGAAAUAAGUGCACCUCAACAAAAGACGUUUUAUUGUGCGGUAAGAUUAGCUCAUCAUUAGCGUUCAGUAUUAGCGAGAACAGGUCAGUCGCUCGUGUCUCGUCAUCACUAAACUUGCUGGAAGAUACCAACUAUCUAGAAUGCACAAUCGGAUUGAGUUUACAAUUUAGUAGGUAUUGCAGCAAUUAUUGUGUCUCAGUGACGGCGAUAACGUUAUAAGUUUCAACUAUCACGGAAAUCAAUCAAAACAGUGCUCGUGUUUUAUUCACGCGAAUGUGACAUGAAAAAAUCGUCGAAGCUCGUAUUAAUUGUUAUUGUUAGUGCGACAUAAAGGCUUCAUCGGCCCACCUGUGCAGUGCGGUGAAAAAUGACAGUGAAACGAGUUAAUUAUUCUGGCCGAGUUGGAGCAUAGGAUUCUGUUGGUGCUGCUGCUGCUUUUGAUGCUAUUGUUUGCGUCGUCGUGAAAGUGGGAGCCGUCGUCGACAUCGUCUCGCGGCCGCCACCGCCGUUCGUUUGUCUCUUCGCAACAUCAGAAACCGAAACCGAAACAGCAGUACCUAAAGGAGUGGUUGGUGAAUCUCUUUCGGCUCGUUGGCGAUAGCUCCUAUAUGCUGACAGUGUGCGCAUAAAUCGAGGGCGUAUGGAGAGUUGGAAGGCAUAAGCUUCGCCGAAGGAACCGUGCAAAGAGAGUAGUGUAUGCAUUUCAUCCACUACCUAUACGCGAGAAACUCCAGGGAAAAAAAAACGACUAAACGAAAAAAUAAAGUUGCUCAUUUGAAGUGCUCUUGAGCAAACAUCAGUCACAAUCGUCGUCGUGCUUGCCGUGGUUUCGCAAACGAGGUGUGCUUAACACCGUGAUUAAAUUUCACACUACACAUAAGAUAGAAAGAAUGAUGGUACCAGUCGAACAGCACUUCGAUAGUGAUAUUGGUUCGUUCCAGUCCCGUCGCUACCAGUGACCGGUUGUGAAACACUUUUCUGUUGUCCGUGUGACGACGCAGUGGCAGGACCGGAUCUAAGAGGGAAAUAAAGGUGUAGGUACCUACCAGUGAGUCGCGAAUUUGCAUGUUCCAUUCUGGCUGGCUAUCGCGAAACAAGAAACGAAACGUGUCUAAAGUUGUUGUUCCUGGAAUUUGAGACGCGAAAGCUAGUCAGUCAGGCCAGGCCUAUCUUAUCCAAAAUACCCACCCAGAUGCUUGUGUUUGCGUGGUUUCAGUUCGCUUCGCGGAAAAGUUUCUAAUGUGUGCUGGUGCGUGUCUGGCAGUUUUUGUGUGCAGUCUCACAUUCGAUUGAAUGGUGAGCAAUGAUUUGUUUACAAUCUGAAAAUAUGCUUUAAUAAUCGAAUCAGUCUCUUUGGUCGAAAAAGAGCUCUAAGUGGAAGCAAAGCAAAAAAAAAAUAAAAGCAGUGGAAAUAAACCAUGAGUGUGUUCAGUGAUUUUCAGAGAAUGUGGGUUCAACGGUUUCCGCAAAGUUCACUCUCGGAUGCCUGGGAACAGGACGUUCGGGCCAGUUUGGCACGGCACAAGCAGAAAAUCGCUGAGCUCAGCAAGGAAUUGGAGCAGGAGACUCUGUAUGUGGAAUAUCUGGAACGAUUGCUGGGCGAUGUGGAGAAAUAUCGCGAUGCUGGUGGUGAUCCAUCGGCGCUGUUCGAGGCCAACUCGCCGGCAUCCGCUGCCAAUAUGAUGGCCAGCAGCAAGGAGACUGACCUGGAUACACCGGGUGGAGAGGCGAAUGAGAACCAAAUCAUCAAAGCUGCAGCCACCAACCACAGCGCGGACCAAGAAACCAACGGUGCCAAAGCGGAAGAUGCGGAUGCUCCCGGCGAAAGCGACCCCUGCGCGUCCACCGGACCGGUGGCCCUGCGCAGGGACAACCUACACAAAGACAGUGCACUGAAUCAGUGCAUCAAUGAGCUUACCUCGAACCUGCACCAGCGGCGCUGCGUCAGUGGUGACAUUUCAUCUCCCACCAAAUCUUCAUCGAUGUCCUCCUCUUCCUCACCCUCGUCGACGAUGAUAACCUCUACCGGUAAGACUGGUCUGCCAAGUAGUGCCAACGGAAGUAACCACCAACCGGAGAACACUUCCGACAGCGAGCCGACUCGCCCGCGACGUUCCAGUCACAGUGACGCCCUUCUUUCCUCACCAAGCCACUUUGUGACGGUUAUUGAAGUCAAAGAACCUUCUGAGAGCACUCCUAAGCAAAAAGAAGAGUCAAAGCGACAUUCCAGCUCAUUAGCUGCCGCCGUGCCGGCUCUACCAGCCAAAACUACCAGCGACAAUAGCAACAAUAACAAUCCAACAACAAUCAUACAAUCCAGUACCACUGCCUCCGGCAAGCCCAACAGCUAUGAGAACGUACUAAUCAACACGAAUCGUGGAAGUUGUGAAAACCUCAACAACAAUAAUAACAACAGUGUGCACCAUAGUCAACUGUUACACCAGCAGCAGCAUAAAAACAGCUCUGUUGCAAGUGAGCACAGCACAUUCCUGGACAGUGCCAAACAGCAUCCGAAACCGUCAGCACCACCCCUGGUGGGUUCAUCGAUUGCCGAGCGAACUUCGCAACUCAUCUCCGGCGGGCAGGAGCUCAAGAAAAAGGUUCCACCACGACCACCACCCAAAUACCCCCGCCGAGCGGCACCGGUGGAACCUCCCGUCAUACCGGCCGCGGCAAUGCACAACCUGCGACGGGAUCAAUCAUCCGAUGGUACCCCAGACAGCUCCCUGGAACGAAACCUCAAACCGUCGGAAAUCUACCGUCAGAAAUCGUCGGAUUCGCUGGACGUCAAACUAGGCUCACGAUCCUCGAAGGCAAGCGAACUGGUGGAGGAGUUUGGCAAGAAACUACCAAAAUCCGAUAGUCUUAAGUCGAAAUCGAGCACCGAUAGCCCUACUGGAUCGCUGGGGAAAAACGUUGGAGCUUCACCGACCGGCAGUUUGGGCAAGUUGGCUCACACCACGGGCAGCAGCGAGAGUCCCACCGGAAGUUUGGAUAAGAGUAGCCAUCGAGCGAACGACAGCCUACAAUCGGUGGGGUCGAAGGAAUCGCUGGCGUCGACAGGUGGCGGAAUGGGAGUCAUUUCGGAGAGGAUAAAAAGCUACGAGUCCAUCUCUUCUCUCAGCUCGGAUAGUAUGAGAUUAGGCACCGGCGUGGCACAAGCCGAACAAGAACAUUACUACGACACGGUUCCACUGGAGAAUGGAGAAGGGGACUAUGUGUACAUUCAGGCCGGUGGUACCGGUACCGGUUCCACUUCUAGUCGAGACGAUAUCUCAACGGCUGGCAGUACGCUGCCUUUGCCUGUGUCUCACCCGCGAAGUCACAACAGUAGCCAGACGAGCGUGCAGCUGGAGCCAGAAUCUCCGGGACGAAGUUCCAACUACGUUAAUAUCGACUAUUUUAUACACAGUCAGAACCUUGAACACCGGAGCAGCUCAAUCGACAGUGACGGGGAAGCGGACGGAGGACCGCCGGUGCUUAUGCGUGCAAUCUCCAAUGAAACCGAUUCUGGUCAGCAGGGACAUGGAAUUUUCCGAAAGAUUUCUAACGCCAACCGCAACACGAUAAUUCGACACAUCGUGACCAGUAUUAUCACCAGCGAAACACUGUAUGUCGAGUGUCUGAACAAGAUGAAGCAAUACAUGAAGGCUAUACGGGCCACGUUGACCACGUCGCAACCUGUGAUAUCUGAAGAAGAAUUUCAGACGAUAUUUUAUAAGAUCGAGGAACUGCACGAAGUGCAUUCGGAUUUCCUGAACGAACUGAGGGCGAAACAGCAAUCCCUUCCCGAGGGCGACGAACUGUGCGUCGGUGAAGUAUUCCGCCGGUUGGCGGCUCACAUACACCUGUACGGUGCGUUUCUUCACAACUACGGGCGGGCGAUCGAUACGGUGAAAAAGUGUAGUACCCACAGUCAACAGUUUAAGGAAAUUGUUUCCAACAUAGUAUUUAAGAAUCAGAACGAACAAUCACUUUCGCUAGAAGAACUGCUUCACAAACCGGUUGCCCGGGUACAAAAGAACGCUCUAGUGUUGGAGGAUUUAUUGGCUCAGACGCCGGAGCAACAUCCGGACUAUCAUGCGCUACGACAGGCGACCAAAUCGAUUCGUAAUUUCCUGUCGGAAUUUAAUGUGGUACAAACCAAAUCUAUGUUUCCGAGCGACGAUAAAGCCCUCCGGCGGUUGGUGAAAAACUCUUUCAUAGUAGAGUUAGCGGAUGGGCACCGCAAACUUCGGCACCUGUUUUUGUUCAAUGACGUAAUCGCCUGUGCCAAAUACAAAGCAGCCGGAAGGGACCGCAAUGGUUUCGAGUUCGAGCUCAAGUGGUUUAUUCCGUUGCGAGAUAUUGUCAUCUGCGAGGAAUCGGUUAACGACCCGAAGGAAACGAGCCCGAUCAACAUUGUGCACCUCAAAUCCCAAGCCUGUACCGUACGGGAUCAGAUUAUGCUGGAUGAAAAGGAUGAGAAAAAGCAGCGUAGCAGUGGGUCGCGGGCCGGUGACAAGCAUAAGAAGAAGUUGGCCGAUUUGGAAGCCCAGCUGGUACUGGCAUCACCAAAUCUGGUGUUCAAGAUUGGAAACAAGGCAAGCGGAAAGACGAUGACCUUCUUUCUCAGCUCGGAUUUCGAACGGACGCAGUGGAUCGAGUCGAUUCUUACGCUACAGCAAUCAUGCAACCUGCCGGGCCAGGUACCGGUCCAGAUCUACGACCUGCAGGCAUGGAUAACCGCCUGUCAGGCACUAAUCAAAACCGAGAUGGGUUCCUAUCUGAUGCGGAACGCACGCGACGAGAGCCUUCUGGUUGGCGAUCUUCACCUCACCAUUCAAGGUUUGGGUGGUUUCGAGCAACCGUGCGAUCUGUUCAUUUGUGUGGAAAUCGAUUCGUACGGACAUUAUUUCCGGAAGGCAAAAACGAAACUGGUUUGCCGAAGCGCCACGCCCAACUGGAACGAAUCGUUUGUGCUGGAACUCGAGGGAAGUCAAAACCUGCGGAUACUGCUGUAUCAGGAUGACGUGCAGAGGCCUAUUUUGAGGGCGAAGCAAAUUUUGAAGCUGAGUCGCCAAUGGCUCCAAGAAGCACCUGUCAACAAGCUACUGAAAUUGUCCGAAACACUAACGCUUAGUACAGUGAUUCGAUUUGUUCCGGGUGAAGUGACCUUGCGACGGGUUCCAACGUCCAAACCAGGGGCACUGUUCGGAGCUAAACUGCAGCAAGUUAUCAAACGCGAGAAACGUGACAUUCCAUUCAUCGUGAGCGCCUGCGUUCGGGAAGUCGAGCGGCGUGGCAUGUCUGAGGUCGGUAUCUAUCGAGUAUCGGGAUCCGCAUCGGAUGUUGCCAAGCUGAAGAAAUCGUUCGAAACGAAUGCCUACGAAGCGGAACAAUUGCUCAAAGAGGUGGAUAUACACUCAGUGACCGGUAUUCUCAAGUCGUACCUGCGAGAUCUACCGGAGGCUCUGUUUACCGAUCAGUAUUAUCCAAAACUUUUCGAGACCUUCAACCGACACUCCAACCUAAACGAAGCAUCACGAAUCGAGGCACUGCACAAGAUUUUCAUGGAGCUGCCCCAAUCGAACAAAGCCACCAUCAGUUUGCUGUUGGAUCAUUUGAUGAGAGUCCACCAGCAGGAAAUUGAAAACAAAAUGUCUCUUCACAACUUGGCGAUGGUGUUCGGUCCAACCUUACUGAGGCCUGGCCCAACUGCCGUUAAACAGAAGGACCUACUGGAAUCCAGCACGGCAGAUGUAAUGACGCAAGCCGGGAUCCUGUACAGCUUCCUACAAGCCCGACUGAAAUGAACCUAGACUUUGAACUGGAACAAUGAGGGUAUGUUAAAAAGCAUUCACAUUUUGUAGAACCAUAUAGUACCAGCAGUAUUCGUAUACAAUACGAGUAAAAGCGUUCAAAAGUAAUACGCAUUGUAUGCCGAGGAAAUCGGUGACAAAUAUUGGUAUAGCGCGUACUCGUGAUUCAUCAAAGGGGAAUCUGAUUUUUUAGAGAGUUUUGAUUCAAAUUGCUAUAAUUCAAUAGCAAAUCCAGUUUUUAUUGCAAUGAAAACCUCUUAGCUUGUCUGUCAAGCGCUGAAAGUAACAAUAUAUUUCAUAAAUCCUGACAAUAGAAAACAAUACAAAAGGAAACAUGUUCAUAAAAUGCUUCCCUCGCGAAGGACACCCACCUUUCCUCUACUAAAGCAUUAUAUAUUUUGAUUUACCUAUGUAGAUACACUUGUGGCACCGUUUAUUUCUGAAAUAAACUUCGUUAGUUCAUAACAAAAAAAUUAGUCAUUUUCAACUUUUCGUAUCGACGUAGUUUAUAUUUGUAAAUUUGCUUCCCCUGUGUAUAUAUUAUUGGUUCACUAAUAGUUUUAGAAAGCGAACAAAAGUCACGGUUUUUUGGCAGUUAUUCGACAGUCUUCAAGGCUGUCGAACGGAUAUGUUAUUCGAUAGUGUUCGUAAUUUUCGAGAGGUGUUUAAUAGAAGUGUUUGCGCAAAUAAGUACAUUCGCAUUAGACUAUCGUUAUAUGUACAAUAUAUUUAACAAUGUGUAUUGAUUAUUGCAAUUUACUAAUACAAAUUGAGUUAUCAUUGAAAUACAUUUGAGCGUUAUAGUCAGGACCGAUAACGUGUACUCUUAUAGACUUAGCGAUGAAUAUACAAUCAAACAUCUUCUGAGAACAACAGCCAAAACAAAUAAUGACACACACACAUUACAACUUAUUGUAUGCAUACUUUAUACAGCAUGAUUGAUUAUUAUGAUAAAAGAAAUGUUUAUCGGAAUUUUUUUUCGCAAACAUCAACAUACACUGUACUGGUAUUUUUGCAUGCAAAGAAAACGUAUUGGACUGUCGUCGCUUAAGACAACACAGUAUAUUGCUGAAUUUAUCUUGUAGGAUUUUCUCUUUAAAUUUAAAAAAAAAACAAUAAAACAAUCUUUCGUAUUGUGAAUUUAGAAAA